CUUGGAUUCAAGACUGCCGUAGGGAUGCCGUUCAAGGACAUCGCCACGACCGACAGCGUGUACCUGGAGCAAGUCCCUGCCGCAGACGACAAGAACGCGCGCACGUCCCUUCGCCGAAUGCAGGAGGCGGGAGUUGGCGUCUUGGCGCCGCUGGCGGCCUUGGAAGCCAACCCAAUUGCGAAUGCUGUCGCGGUUGUUUCUCUGGAAGACGUCGCAAAGUCAGGAGGGCAAGUCAACCUGCCGAAAGGCGCCAUCAGGCUUGCUGUGGAGAUCAAGGGGACGGAAGACCUGUCGGUGCUGUCUAACAUCUCCCCGAAGCCCAUGGUGGGCCUUCUCAAUGUGCCAGCUGGAGUCAGCCGCGUUCAUGCUUCUCGGCGAGUGUUCCAGCACCUCGCGGACGCCAAGAACGAUCUGGCCAUUAUUCAUCAUGUGUCUUUCCUAGAUGCCUCGGAGAUGUCGCAAGAUAAGUUCAUCCUGAGCGUCGGGGCCCAGGUGGGAGGCUGCUUGGUGGACGGGCUGGGAGACGGUGUUAUGGUACAAGCUCCCGGCCUGGAUGUGGGCAUGCUGCGCUCUGUCUGCUUCGGCCUCCUGCAGGGAUGCCGCAUGCGCAACACGAAAACGGAGUACGUAUCUUGCCCAAGCUGCGGACGAACCCUCUUUGAUCUUCAAGAGGUGACAGCGCAGAUAGCUGAAAAGACCGGGCACUUGCCGGGGGUUGCCAUUGCCAUCAUGGGUUGCAUCGUAAAUGGCGUGGGAGAGAUGGCAGAUGCCGAUUUCGGAUACGUGGGUGGGGCACCUGGAAAGGUGGACCUCUACGUGGGCAAGGAGAUGGUGCAAAAAGGAAUCCCCAACGAGGAGGCCUGCGACGCCCUGAUUGAUCUCAUCAAGGCGAACGGUCGCUGGGUUGACAAAGAACCGGCCGAAGAGGAAGUCGUGGCCGCGUGAACCGCGUGAAGGAUCAAAUCCACUCUUU